AACAUAUACGUGAUUUUAGAAACUUCCAUCGCUAUUCUCCCAUUACUACGGCGUUCAAGCGGGUAUACGAUGUAAAGGUCAGUCAUACAUGUCUAGUUUUGGAUCAUUAUCCACGUCUUUCGGAGGCCAGCUAUUCUAUGCAGCACGUCGAAAAUGCCGUCAUAUCCCGCGACAGGUACAUAACACGAGAUGCGCCAUCUACCAAAAUAUAUCAGCCCACAUCUUAUUCUCUUACAUUCGCAAAGCGCCUUCAUCCCUACGACGUCACUAUAGCAACAAUGAUUUCACUCCAUGCUCCGUUACAUCUUCCUGCUCUCAUCUUCCUCUUCUUAACAACAACCAAGUUCCCCGUAGAAACGGGCCUUUGCCCGCUAGGCGGGAUCGUCACCUGGAUUCAUCCCAGGCCGCCGUCCAGAUCCUUAAUCACUGCAGAUCUCCAAAUAACGCAGUGCUUUAUCAAACCUCCAAAGGAAUUCGACUAAUAUACCGUACGGCAGACGAUACCUCUUCCAUUACACGAUCAUGUCGGCCCAAACGGUGAUAAAUAAACCACGUCUCUUCGACAGACGAAUGCACUAUGAGUUAAGUGCCCUUCCCUUCGAACCCUGACAACAAAACGUCCUCAGUCCCCCUGCUGAGAUUUAGCGGCAUUACUCAAUCUGACUGAUACGUGAUACGUUCACAUGCUGAACUCGCGAUUUCCGGGAUCUCGCUCCUACCCACGCGUCGAGGCACUUCUGAAUCUCCAGAACUCCGAAAACAUCGGGAGGCUCGAAUUCUUCUCGCCUGGCACAU